CUGCGCCCUUCACCUCAGCUCCGAGGUGUGGCGAGGCCCGGGGUCCUGCCUGGCCAUGGACGCGGCCUCGUCCCCGCCCAGUGUUGAGAGGAAGCGCACCGGCUGGGGCCGCCUGCUGGGCUCCCGGCGGGGCAGCGCGGGACUGGCCAAGAAGUGUACCUUCACGCUGGAACUGGCCGAGGGUGGCCCGGCAGGCAGCACGCUCUACGCUCCCAUUGCGCCCCCCGGAACCCCGGGGCUGGCGCCCCCCAUGUCGCCCCCGGUGUCGCCCGCCCCGGCCCCCGCAGACCUCGGCCCACGUCCGCGCGUGAGCCUUGACCCACGAGUCUCCAUAUACAGCACGCGCCGCCCGCUGCUGGCGCGCACCCACAUCCAGGGUCGCGUCUACAACUUCCUCGAGCGACCCACGGGCUGGAAGUGUUUCGUGUACCACUUCACCGUCUUCCUCAUUGUUCUGGUCUGCCUCAUCUUCAGUGUCCUCUCCACUAUUGAGCAGUAUGCCGCUUUGGCCACCGGGACCCUCUUCUGGAUGGAGAUCGUCCUGGUGGUGUUCUUUGGGACAGAGUAUGUGGUCCGCCUCUGGUCUGCAGGCUGCCGCAGCAAAUAUGUGGGCAUCUGGGGCCGGCUACGCUUUGCCCGGAAGCCCAUUUCCAUCAUUGACCUCAUCGUGGUUGUAGCCUCAAUGGUUGUCCUCUGUGUGGGCUCCAAGGGGCAAGUGUUCGCCACAUCAGCUAUCAGGGGCAUCCGCUUCCUUCAGAUCCUGCGGAUGCUGCACGUUGAUCGCCAGGGCGGCACCUGGAGGCUCCUGGGCUCCGUAGUCUUCAUUCACCGCCAGGAGCUGAUCACCACCCUGUACAUUGGUUUUCUGGGUCUUAUCUUCUCCUCCUACUUUGUCUACCUGGCUGAGAAAGAUGCAGUGAACGAGUCCGGCCACAUCGAGUUUGGCAGCUACGCAGAUGCUCUGUGGUGGGGGGUGGUCACAGUCACCACCAUUGGCUACGGGGAUAAGGUACCCCAGACGUGGGUCGGGAAGACCAUCGCCUCCUGUUUCUCUGUCUUUGCCAUAUCCUUCUUUGCACUCCCCGCGGGGAUACUUGGCUCCGGGUUUGCCCUGAAGGUCCAGCAGAAGCAGAGGCAGAAGCACUUCAACCGGCAGAUCCCAGCCGCAGCCUCACUCAUCCAGACUGCAUGGAGGUGCUAUGCUGCCGAGAACCCUGACUCCUCCACCUGGAAGAUCUAUGUCCGGAAGCCUGCUCGGAGCCACAAUCUGCUGUCCCCCAGCCCCAAGCCUAAGAAGUCUGUCAUGGUAAAGAGGAAGAAGUUCAAGCUGGACAAGGAUAACGGGAUGAGUCCUGGAGAGAAGGUAUUCAACGUCCCUCACAUCACGUAUGACCCCCCAGAGGAUCGGAGGCCAGACCAUUUCUCCAUUGAUGGCUAUGACAGCUCAGUAAGGAAGAGCCCUACACUGCUGGAAGUAAGCACACCCCAUUUCUUGAGAACAAACAGCUUUGCUGAGGACCUGGACCUGGAAGGGGAGACGCUGCUGACCCCCAUCACCCAUGUGUCACAGCUGCGGGAGCACCACCGGGCCACUAUCAAGGUGAUCAGGCGCAUGCAGUACUUUGUAGCCAAGAAGAAAUUCCAGCAAGCACGGAAGCCCUACGAUGUGCGAGAUGUCAUCGAGCAGUACUCUCAAGGCCACCUCAACCUUAUGGUGCGGAUUAAAGAACUACAGAGAAGGCUGGACCAGUCUAUCGGAAAGCCAUCUUUGUUCAUCCCCAUCUCAGAAAAGAGCAAGGACCGUGGCAGCAACACCAUUGGUGCCCGUCUGAACAGGGUGGAAGACAAGGUGACACAACUGGACCAGAGAUUGGUGAUCAUCACAGACAUGCUCCACCAGCUGCUGUCCCUAAGCCAAGGUGGUCCAACCUGCGCCAGCAGGCCACAGGUGGUGGCCAACGAUGAAGGUGGCUCCAUCAACCCUGAGCUCUUCCUGCCCAGCAACAGCCUGCCCACCUACGAACAGCUGACCGUGCCCCAGACGGGCCCUGAUGAGGGCUCCUGAAGGAGCUCAGAAGGGGGGUCCAGGGUGUAACCCCAAAAGGAGCACCCACCUGGUUCUCACCCCCUUGAAGGCCUGAUAUGUCAGCCUAUCUCUCCAAGGCCCCAAAACCCAUGGACCAAGCCACUAGCCUGAACCUGGAGCUCAGCAAGACCCCCUCUGCCCAGCCAGUGGGUACAAGAAUUUGGCUGGGCGUGGGGUUCAUCUCAGGCCAGAAUUGUCACCCUUAUCAUCAAGAUGGUGAUAUUGCUCGCCUGAUGCCUGGGGCACAAGGAUGGGGAGCAUCUGUAUAGAUCAGGGUACAACUCAGGCAGAAGGAGGCCCAUCUAGGUGACCCCAAAUCGCUUCCUACAGGGAGAUAGGAAGAAUCUGUCAGGGUCUGGGAUCCCCGCCCUCAGCCUUGAAUCCAAGGCCCAGCAGGGAGCAGGAGGGUGCACCGUAACUACAGGCUACAGGCCAGUAGGGGCUCGGCAGGCCGGAGCCUGACUCCCUCACUCUCUAGUGAUAUUGACCACAUGGCCAGGAUACCAGAGGGGUUUCCAGCUU